AUUGCAGUUUCAACUUUCGAUCUUCGAUCAUCCAGUGGAGUAGUAGAAAAAAUGAUGACUAUUCAUAUAAUUAUGGAAUAUUAAACAAUUUUUAUCAAUCAAUAUUUUACUUGUAUACCUCUAGGUGUAAUUAAAGAUAUACUAAAUAAUCUAAUUAAUUAGGUGAUGUUUGUAUCGAGAUGGAUAGAUGCGAAAAAUUUUCAGCAUACAGAAAACAAUGACGAGAGAUCAAUAACCUAUUCUGUUACAAAAUUUCAAAAAUAACACUCAAAUCAUUGUCCUAGUCCUACUGAAUUAUUUUCUUUCUUUAAGAAUUUUCCACCAAUCAAUUUUAGUACUCCACUGAACGCAAAUGUAAUGUCAGGAAAGCAAGCAACUUCGUACUGUUGUUCUUAUGUCAGCUUUCAUUUCAAAUUAUAUGAGUACACUCUUUUUACUGUUUGUAUGUUCUAUUGAUUGUAUGCACUUUUGUUGAAAGUUAUUACCAAAUAUUGUAAAAAUGGCACAUUAUAAAGGAGCAGCAAGUGAAGCAGGUAGAGCCAUGCAAUUAAUGAAAAAACGAGAAAAGGAAAUGCAGGAUCUAGAAAUAAGGAAAAAAAGAAUUGAGGAAGACUUAAGACUAAACAAUAUUGAAAAUAAAUUUGCAACACAUUAUGAUGCUGUGGAACAACAACUUAAAAGUUCUACAAUUGGUUUGGUCACUCUUGAUGAGAUGAAAGCCAAGCAGGAGAAUAUUGUUAAAGAACGAGAAAAAAAAUUGGCUCAAAAACAGGCUGAGAAGGAGAGAGAGAAACAGAAACAAAUGGAGGCAAAGCAAGCAGAAAAAAAUAAACAGAAGAAACAGAUACAAGCCUUAUCAUUUUCUCUUGAAGAAGCAGAAGGCAAUGACGAAGAAGAUGAAGAAAUACUUGAAUCCAGCAGUUUUAAGAGAUCUAACGAAGAAAUUCACAAAUCUAAUUUAAAAAAGAUUCGAAAAGAUCCAAAUGUAGACACCAGUUUCUUGCCAGAUAGAGAAAGAGAAGAGGAGGAGAAUAGAAUGAGAGAGGAACUACGACAAGAAUGGGCUGAGCAACAGGAAAAAUUAAAGGAAGAAGAAAUUGAUAUAACAUUCAGUUAUUGGGAUGGUUCCGGGCAUAGAAGAACAGUUAGGGUUAAAAAAGGAAAUUCGAUUUACCAGUUUUUGCAAAAAGUAUUGGAGUUAUUGAGGAGGGAAUUUUCAGAGUUGAAAACGGUAAUGGCAGAUCAACUGAUGUACGUCAAAGAAGAUUUAAUUUUACCUCACCAUUACACAUUCUAUGAUUUUAUUGUAACUAAAGCAAGAGGCAAAAGUGGUCCUCUUUUUCAGUUUGAUGUUCACGAUGACAUAAGGCUUCUUAGUGAUGCUUCAAUAGAAAAAGAAGAUUCACAUGCUGGAAAAGUACUUCUGAGGAGUUGGUAUGAAAGAAAUAAGCACAUUUUCCCUGCUAGCAGAUGGGAACCUUAUGAUCCUACUAAGAGUUAUGACAAGUAUACAGUGUCUGAUAAAAAUAAAAAGGAUAAUAAUUGUAAAUUUUAGUUUAGAAUAAAUAUAAAUUUUAUUUAA